AUGGAGUCGUAUUCUUCUUCUUCUUCCUCGUCGGUGUCGUGUCCGUUUGCGGUGUAUCAGGUGGAGGAAGGGAAGAGGGCGAAGCCGUUGCCGUCGUACCAGUCAUCUCUGCAUGCGGUGCGUAGGGUUCCGAAGCCGAUGACGAAGAAGCCGAUAGCGCCAAUGCCGCCGACGCCGCCGAAGAUCUACAAGGUGGAGCCGCUGCACUUCAAGGAAACGGUGCAGAUGCUCACGACGGCGCCGGGGUUCCAGUCGGCGGCGGGUGGGUCCUGCGGCAGGCGGUUGCAGGACGUGGCUCCGCCGCCGCUAAACCUCAAGCCGAAAUCUCCGCCGGAAAGUGUCGUCAGCAAUGACGCCGCCGCCGCUUCGGAGUGGCAAGCGUUUCUCAGUCUCUCAGCCGGUGAUGACGCGCACGUUUCCGAUGUUUUCGGCAAUGAUCGGGCGGUUGUAAGCGGCGAAACGACGACGCUGGAGAUAUCAAUGCCGCAGCAUCCUCGUACUCCUCCCAACGUUUGCGGCGGAUAUGCUAGCCCGCUCGGGGUUCCGCCGCUGUCUCCGUCGUCUCUUGCAUGGUGGGCGUCGAUUCUUCCGAGCCCCGGAACGCUGUCGUCCCUGUAA